AUGGACGACGACGUGGACGUGGACAUGGACGUGGACGUGGACGUGGACGUGGACGUGGACAUGGACGUGGACGUGGACGUGGACGUGGACAUGGACGUGGACGUGGACGUGGACGUGGACGUGGACUGGACGUGGACGUGGACGUGGACAUGGACGUGGACGUGGACGUGGACAUGGACGUGGACGUGGACGUGGAGGACGUGGACGUGGACAUGGACGUGGACGUGGACGUGGACGUGGACGUGGACGUGGACAUGGACGUGGACGUGGACGUGGACGUGGACGUGGACGUGGACGUGGACGUGGACGUGGACAUGGACGUGGACGUGGACAUGGACGUGGACGUGGACAUGGACGUGGACGUGGACAUGGACGUGGACGUGGACGUGGACGUGGAUGGACGUGGACGUGGACAUGGACGUGGACGUGGACGUGGACGUGGACGUGGACGUGGACAUGGACGUGGACGUGGACGUGGACGUGGACGUGGACGUGGACAUGGACGUGGACGUGGACAUGGACGUGGACGUGGACAUGGACGUGGACGUGGACAUGGACGUGGACGUGGACGUGGACAUGGACGUGGACGUGGACGUGGACGUGGACGUGGACGUGGACGUGGACAUGGACGUGGACAUGGACGUGGACGUGGACGUGGACGUGGACGUGGACGUGGACAUGGACGUGGACGUGGACGUGGACGUGGACGUGGACGUGGACAUGGACGUGGACGUGGACGUGGACGUGGACGUGGACAUGGACGUGGACAUGGACGUGGACGUGGACGUGGACGUGGACGUGGACGUGGACGUGGACAUGGACGUGGACGUGGACGUGGAGGACGUGGACGUGGACAUGGACGUGGACGUGGACGUGGACGUGGACGACGUGGACAUGGACAUGGACGUGGACGUGGACGUGGACGUGGACGUGGACGUGGACAUGGACGUGGACGUGGACAUGGACGUGGACGUGGACGUGGACGUGGACGUGGACAUGGACGUGGACGUGGACGUGGACGUGGACGUGGACAUGGACGUGGACAUGGACGUGGACGUGGACGUGGACGUGGACGUGGACAUGGACGUGGACGUGGACGUGGACAUGGACGUGGACGUGGACGUGGACGUGGACGGACGUGGACGUGGACAUGGAGGACGUGGACGUGGACGUGGACUGGACGUGGACAUGGACGUGGACGUGGACGUGGACGUGGACGUGGACGUGGACGUGGACGUGGACGUGGACGUGGACGUGGACGUGGACGUGGACGUGGACAUGGACGACGACGUGGACGUGGACAUGGACGUGGACGUGGACGUGGACGUGGACGUGGACAUGGACGUGGACGUGGACGUGGACGUGGACAUGGACGUGGACGUGGACGUGGACGUGGACGUGGACUGGACGUGGACGUGGACGUGGACAUGGACGUGGACGUGGACGUGGACAUGGACGUGGACGUGGACGUGGAGGACGUGGACGUGGACGUGGACGUGGACGUGGACGUGGACGUGGACGUGGACGUGGACAUGGACGUGGACGUGGACGUGGACGUGGACGUGGACGUGGACGUGGACGUGGACAUGGACGUGGACAUGGACGUGGACGUGGACGUGGACGUGGACGUGGACGUGGACAUGGACGUGGACGUGGACGUGGACGUGGACGUGGACGUGGACAUGGACGUGGACGUGGACAUGGACGUGGACGUGGACAUGGACGUGGACGUGGACGUGGACGUGGACGUGGACGUGGACGUGGACGUGGACGUGGACGUGGACGUGGACGUGGACGUGA